AUGGCACCCCCACCAAGACCGCAGCAAGCCGAAAUGGAUCUUACUCGUAGACCUAGUGCUAGGAGGUCGAAGACUUACCACUCCCAAGAAGUCCCUUCGCGUCAACAUGUGUCCUACGAACCGGAACAGUAUAACCAGGAAGACGAAAGCAACGGCUACCGAGAGCAUCGCACAUCCUUAUCUACAGUACGCGAGCGCCGAGCGUCUCCUUCCCGACCGCCUACGUCUUAUCGAGCGCCUGCCGUCAUUGAAGCUCGGGAUCGCCCUUCUUUGCCAAAGAAGUCGGUUUCCUAUAACGCUACGCCUACAACAACGACUAAGGUUGCAUCAUCCAGAGCCCAUGUGACUGCUCGUAAGCCUACACUGCUACAUAUGCCCCUCGAAGAUAAAGAAACGGCGGUUGAAGAGUACAUCAAGAGAAGCAGCAAAACAUCGAACGAGCUAACCGCCGAGGCUCUUCGCAAUCUCAACCAUGGAAAUUCAAGUUCCAGGUCUGAGACAGCUAGCAGCUACAGCCAUAAAAGCCGACAGUCCUCGUCUAAGGAGUCGUCUGGGCCCGGCAAGAGUCAGACCACGAAUGCUACGAAGACCAGUAUCACCCUCCCUGGAGGGCUGAAUAUGAGCAUUCCUUCAGACUACAUAACGCCAGAUGGUCGACCUCUGAGCAUCAACGUUGGCGGGCUUAUUGUGUUGGUGGGUGCUGACGAAAAGGAUUCUGUCGAACGGAUUCGAGAACAGAGGAGGAUUGAGCGUGCGCCAAGUGUUGCAAGUCGCGCCUCGAAGAGAAGCGCCUCUAGCAGUAUCUCCAAUCGCGACAAGGAACGCGGUCGAGAUGGUGUGGCUCAAUCAGCUCGGCGCCCAUCUCAAGUUGACGAUCGGGGCCCCAGCGUGCGAUCCAGUCGACAACCCAGUCAAGCUCCAAGUACCGGUGAAGGUAGCUACGAACAUAGCCGACGUCAGAGUGUUGACUAUGGGAGGUCCUUUGAAGAAGUUAUUUAUGGAGCUUGA